CUCCAGAGCGUGACGUACCAAACUAUCAAUACCAUGUUUUUGUCUUCCUUCGGUUUCUAAAGUCUUUGAUGUCAUUCCGUUAAAACCCUAUAAAUCUAGUCACUGAAAAAAAAGAAAGAUAGCGAAAAAGUGAGGAGAGAUAGAGAGCUUCGAUAAUGGCGAGAAGUGUUUCACUUUGGUUUGCUUUGUCCGCAAUCUUAUGCUCUGUAACGGCGAUCUCAGCUGAACAGAGCAGUGAAACGAAGGACUUUGUUUUGACUUUGGAUCAUUCCAACUUCACCGACACUGUUAGUAAGCACAAAUUUGUCGUCGUCGAGUUUUACGCUCCUUGGUGUGGGCACUGUAAGAAUCUUGCUCCAGAGUAUGAAAAAGCAGCAUCUAUAUUGAGUAAACACGACCCUCCAGUCAUUCUUGCCAAAGUUGACGCCAAUGAGGAAGCAAACAAAUAUCUAGCAAAUGAAUAUGAAGUCAGGGGUUACCCUACACUUAGAAUUUUGAGAAAUGGAGGAAAGAAUGUUCAGGAAUACAAAGGUCCACGUGAAGCUGAUGGUAUUGUGGAGUAUUUGAAGAAACAAAGUGGUCCUGCUUCUGCUGAACUAAAGUCAGCAGAAGAUGCCAGUAAUCUUAUUGAUGGCAAGAAGAUAGUAGUUGUUGGGGUAUUCCCAAAAUUCUCUGGCGAAGAGUUUGAGAGUUAUAUGGCACUUGCUGAGAAAUUGCGUUCUGAUUAUGAAUUUGGUCAUACUUUGGAUGCUAAGCACCUUCCCCGUGGCGAAUCGUCAGUGACCGGCCCUGUGGUCAGACUUUUCAAGCCUUUUGAUGAACUCUUUGUUGACUUCGAGGACUUUAAUGUGGAAGCUCUAGAGAAGUUUGUUGCAGAAUCUAGCAUGCCUCUUGUUACCCUCUUUAACAAGGACCCAAGCAAUCACCCAUUUGUUAUCAAGUUCUAUAACAGUCCCAAUGCUAAGGCUAUGUUGUUUGCAAACUUGAGUGUUGAAGGUAUUGAUUCUUUAACUUCAAAAUAUCGUGAAGUUGCUGAGCAAUACAAAGGACAGGGAAUUGGUUUCCUUUUGGGAGAUCUUGAGGCUAGUCAAGCUGCCUUCCAGUAUUUUGGAGUUCAAGAAAGCCAAGUACCUCUAAUCAUCAUUCAGAAUAAUGACGGGAAGAAGUAUUUGAAACCAAAUUUGCAAGCUAAUGACAUUGCACCUUUUGUGAAGGAUUACAAGGAAGGAAAAGUUCCACCAUAUCUCAAGUCUGAACCUAUUCCCGAGGAGAAUAAGGAACCUGUAAAAGUGGUGGUUGCUGACACCUUUGAAGACAUGGUUUUCAAAUCAGGCAAAAAUGUUCUGCUUGAGUUUUAUGCCCCUUGGUGUGGACAUUGCAAGAAAUUGGCCCCAAUCUUGGAUGAAGUUGCUGUUCAUUAUGAAAAAGAUGAUAAUGUUUUGAUUGCAAAACUUGAUGCCACUGCAAAUGAUAUUGUGGGUGAGAACUUUGAUGUUAGAGGCUACCCAACCAUUUACUUUAGAUCAACUAGUGGAAACAUAACUCCUUAUGAGGGCAAUAGGACCAAGGAAGACAUCAUCAACUUCAUUGAAAAGAACAGGGAUAAAACUGCCCAACAAGAGUCAGCAAAGGAUGAGCUCUGAACAGGCAGGGAGCUCAACAACAUAACUAUACCACAUAUUUGGUAUGUGCAUUUGCAGUUUUAUCCAGAAACUGCUAUCGGACUGAAAGAUGGUGGAACUUCUUCCCUCACCUCCUUCCCUUUUAGUUCAAUGAAUCUCUUUUAAUAUUAAAAAAAUCUAUGAAAUAAUGCAGACGUGUUUUUUGGACUUUUCGUGUUGUAAUUCAUUGUAGUUUUCAGUAUACCGUUAGUUGUGACAGUUACCUCGUCGGCAGAAAACUUCCGAGCAAGUUAAAUAUAGAGAGGAUACUUUGCAUUUA